AGCAUCAACACUUACACCUUCAUUAGUUUUAGUUUUUUGUGUAUAUAUAUAGAGCGCACAGCUGUAGCCUGUAUGUAUUAGUCUUCAUCCAUCCAUUUCUCUGUGUGUCUGUGUGUAUUAAGAAAGAAAAGAUCAUCGCCUCUCGUACUCGAAAACGCCAUGGAAAACAACUCUGAUGAGCAAUCGGCAGAGAAUGCAGGUCAAUUAUCCGCUUCGCAGCAUCUCCUCGAGAAACAGAAAGAGCAGUUGGAGAUGUUCUGGGCCUACCAGCUUAGAGAAAUGGAGAAGGUUAACGAUUUCAAGAACCACCAACUCCCCCCUACCCGCAUCAAGAAAAUCAUGAAGUCUGACCAGGAUGUCCACAUGGUCUCCACUGAAUCACCCAUUUUGCUUGCUAAGGCAUGUGAAUUUUUCAUUCUUGAACUCACCCUUCGUUCCUGGCUUCAUGCUCAGCGACGGACUCUACAGAAGAACGACCUCACCGCCGCCAUUACCCAAAAUGACAUUUUCGAUUUCCUUCUUGACGUUGUUCCUGGAGAUAAUAACGCUAUUACUGAUCACGGUUCCUUACAAAGUUUUCUUCCCUUCUAUGCUAGUGAAGGCAGCAAUAAUGGACAGGAUAAUAAUCUUGAUCAUCAAAGUGUUGUAGAUCCGGAUCUGCCUAGUGGUACAACAACUAGCAGUUAUUAGCUAGUGUUAGUGUGAGCAUUUUAACAUUUUAUUAAAUUGCAAUUUUUAGCAAUUGUCCAUUGAUGACAUUUAAUGUCAUCUUUAUUAUUCUUUCUUUUGUGCAUAAAAAUGUCUUUCAUUAUCAUUUUUAUUUAGUG